CUCUUGUUCCCGCUCUCCCUCCUUCCCUCUCCAGUACGCUAUCAUCGCCCAUCGAUUCCAAGUUUUAUCGGUAGAAUCCUCCAUGGAAGCAAAACUUCGUGCUAUGGCUUCCAAACGUUCCUCCAUUGUUUAUCAACCUCGAGCUCUACAAGCUGGAUUCCUCCACUUACCUCGCAAAAAACCUAAGAUGCUGCCGCUAUCGCAGCCGAAUGAACUUGCUUCGAAAGAUGGGGAUGGGGUUUCGGAUUUUGUUGCGAAAGAUCUACGCUUAAAGCGAGUAUUCUCCCCCAAUCUAGAGAAUCGCUCCUCGGUGACAUCCGGAGAGCUGAUUAGCGACAAAGAAGGACCGAUGACCGCGAAUGGAACUUGUCUGAAUGAAGAUAGUGGAGUCGGUAAAAUCUCCGAGAUUACAGAGGUACGGAACGAGAAUUUUUGCAAUUCUAAUCGGUAUGCUGAAUGCGAUGAGGAUCGGAAAUGUAAUGGGAAGAGUGGAGAACAGAUUCAUUCGACACCUCCUGAUGUGGAGUUUCUAGCUGGGGGUUUUGUGGCGGCUUCUUCAAAUGGAUGUCCUCGAUCAAGUAAUGGAGGUGUCAUAGGGGAUAAUUGUGCGAAAGCUGACUGUAGAGUUGACUCUGUUACUAGAACUGGAUCGGUGCUCAAACCAUGUUCUAAACGGAAGUUAUUCAAAGCACCUGGCUCUAUUGCCUACAAAAGAAUGCUGCCUUUUUUGCUGGAUAGCGAUAAUUUCACCCUACUAAGUGAUCCAUACUCAAAACGUGAGAACAAUUUGGAGAAGAAGGAAAAUAUUGAAUCUAAUUUGUGUAAUCCUGCCAAUGGUUCAUCUUUCGUUGAUUCAGAUACUUGUGUAAAGAAUGCGGUUUUUGCCUCCGGGAAUGCAUGUAAGAUUAUGAAACUAAAUUUACCAACUCCUGAUAAUGGUGAUACUAAAAAGUUUCAGAAUGGCAGUGAUUUAAACAGUGACCCGACUUUAGUCGAAGAGGGUUCUUGUUUGAAAAAGGAUAAUGUAGUUUGUGCAUCUUUUAUUGACGAAAGACCGACAAAGUAUGACACAGAGGAUCGAUCUUCUAAAGAACAAUCCAAAACCUCCGGAAUGGAGAGGCUUGAUGGUGGGAAUUAUGCUAUAUCAGAAGCAGAAAACUUUAAGUCCCAUGUUUCCGAGAAGUUGUGUAACAAUAUUUCUGAGGAUGUCAAUAGAGAAGAUCAUUUCAAUGAAGAACUCAAGAUGUCAUUACUGGAUUCUAACAUCGGUUGUAACCCAGUGAAGGAAGAAAGAAGGGAGGAAAAAGUGGGAUGUAGUCGAGGCGCAGAUCAAAAACUUGGUAGUUUUACUGUUGGCGAAAAUCAUUGCAACAUUGCUACAGAGAGUGACAAGAAAUAUGGCACCUAUGUUAGAAAUAAAAUGGUUCGCAACCCACUUGUACAACUGAAGUUGAACUACAGCCAAGCUUCUGUUAGCUAUCGAAGGAUGCUUCCAUUCCUUGAGGAUCUUUUCAAAGAUAAUCCAGAGAACUGUGCCUUGGGAAACAUCAACUGUCCAAGACCAGAGAAAGAAUUGGCAACUAUGAAUUUGGAUUCACCGAGUUCAAAUUCUUACAAUUCCCAGGAUAAAUCAGAAUUCUUGGUAUCUUGCAACAUGCCAUGCGAUGGAAAUUCAGAUGCUCUCUCAUUGCCUCUGUCGAAUAGUAUUAACGACGUGGUUUGUGAAGCCGAUGAAGUUUUAAUGCCUGCUGGAGUCAAUGAUAUACUUCUAUCACCACCAAUAUCACCACCAAAAUUACUGCUGCAGUCUGAUCAGGAGAUGUUGGAGAAAUGUAAAUUGAAAAUGGACCCUCAAUUAAAUGAUCAAGCAGUCUCAUCAUCAUAUCUUGCUACGAGUUAUGAGCCUCUGACUGGAGAAGGAUCCAGAAUGACCUCCGAACAAUCUCCAAAUACUUCAGAAGACUGCACGAAUUUGACAGAAUAUGUUUCUGAUGGUACUAAACUCCCUGAGAGGAACAGCUUAAAACCUAUAGAAGCAUGUAUUCUGCCAGAAAAUCACAUCAACGUUAGAAAGGGAAUUCUUAAACGGAACCCACGAGGAUGCAGAGGAAUCUGCAAUUGUUUGAACUGUUCCUCUUUUCGUCUCCAUGCUGAAAGAGCAUUUGAAUUUUCUAGAAAUCAACUGCAAGACGCUGAAGAAGUUGCUUCAGAUUUGAUGAAAGAAUUGUUGCUUCUCCGUGGUGUCCUAGAAAAGUAUGCUGAUAGUACAAAAGAAGGGGAUGCUGGAUAUCAUUCAAAUAAGGUGAAAGAAGCUUGUAGGAAAGCAUCUGAAGCAGAGCUAAUUGCAAAAGACCGCCUUCUACAAAUGAACUAUGAACUUGGCAUUCAUUGCAGAAUCACGUGCUCCCAACGACCAAAUGUUAGAUUCUCUAGUGAAGUUGAGAGAAUAGAGAUUGAAGAUGGCAAAUAGACCAAGACGACGAAGACUCCGAAUCUGGUUACCGUGAUCAUAGUUGCAGCCUUAACUCUUCCGCUUAUGUAAGGCUGGGAUUUCAUGGAUGAAACGGAUGGUCUUUCAUUCCAUUUGGGAUGCUCAAGGCAUUUGCAUCACUCGGUGAAAGAGCUUCAUUGUAGUUGACCUUGACCUCGACCUCGUGGGAAAACGUGGUAAGUUUUUUAGACUCCGAAUGGUGUAGAUUAUUGGGUGUAGCUGUAUAUAAACUCAACUUGUGGGGAUCUUCCCUACGGCUAAAAUGGAUUAUUAUAUGUUUGGAAGAGCUUAGUUGAAUUGAAGAAUGAGGGGUUUAAUCAUACAAUCAGCCACUUAUUGAGCUGCAAUUUGCUCGUCAUGGAUUGAAUCCAAGAUCAGUGCAGGUAUCAUCAACUGCGGGAGAGUUUGAUAUUUGGCCUUCAUGUUCAAAUUCGUUACUGUUCGAAGAUGGGAAUGAGCAUCGGUAUUCAAUGCUCAUGUUUGUUUCAAGGUGUUCUAAAAUGAUUGGAUUAUCUCU